AUGAAUUCAAGGAUUCUAAUCGGCAUCGCCUUUGCCUUGCGUCUUUUCGUAUCUGUCUCCUGCUAUGGCACGACAAUCUCCGUUGGGAUCAGCUACUGUCCUGCAACAUAUACGAGCUCAAGCACCAGCAGCGGCUCAUCGACGACCCCUACGAUCAUCCCUGGAGAGCCGGUUUAUCUCACAUUUGCCUUGGGUGGCUUCACCGAAUACCUCACUGGCAAUGGAAUGAUCACCAAUGACGCGCAGCAAGCCGCACCAUUCGCUGUUACACCUUUUGGCCAGUUGAUGAGCGCAGGCAAUUAUGUAUCGACCUCUGGAGACGUGUCAUCGCAGCCAUUCGCAGCUUCCCCAGAGACACCAGUCAUGAAGAGGCUGCCUCGGAUUUUCACACUGUUCUCCAUAUCAGAGAAUGACAUGCUUGUCUGGAAGAACGAUGCGUUCGUUGGUGGACAGGCUAUCUUCUGCGUCUCUGGCUCGACGCUUGUCAUCGUGUUCAAUGGAGUGCUGCCACAGGGCUGUAUCAGUGUACAAAUCGGUGUCAUUCCUACAGGAAAUGUCAAUCCAUCUUCGACCUCGUCAGCCACAGCCUUGUCCCAAUCAAGCACGAUCACGACCUCGGCUAUGUCCACAUCGAUGCAGCCACCACCAAGCAGUUCGGUGUCAACUUCUGGCACUGUCGAUUCCAUGUCUACGACCGCCUCGUUCUCAGAAUCGUCGGUUUCUACUUCAGGCACAUCAAUGUCAUCUCCCUCGCCGACUGAUAUAACAAGCUCGUCGUACAUGCCUGAAUCUUCCUCAAGUCCGGUCCUAUCUUCAACAACACUUUCCGCAUAUCCAGCCCCGACAACGACCGGUACACCGAACUGCUAUGACCGCUCGCCGUUUGACGGCACUGUUAACAAUGAUUAUCUGAUUUUGUGCGAUACCGACCUCCCCGGAUUUGAUCUUGAUGUGGUUCCGGCGACUGAUAUCGCUGAAUGUAUUGAUGCAUGCAGCUCACACGUUCCUGGAUCCCAGGGGCCUUGUGUUGCGGUCGAGUUUGAUAUUCUUGCCAACACGAAUCCAUGCCAUCUCAAAUUCGACAUUGGCACCGUCAAUAGAGGAGCCAAUUCAUUUGCACAAGCUGCGAUAGUUGUCAACCGGCCAUACUCUCCCAACAUUGUCUUUUCGGAUACUGGCGUUUCUAGCAGCCAAACGAGCGAAACCAAAUCGUCAACAUUUGUGUCUGGAAUCUCCACAACAACAAAUGUUGUAUCUACUCUGACCGCCUCAUCGUCAAUUCCGUCCGUCGGUCCGAACACUUCUACUUACGUUUCGCCUACCUCGAGUAUGCAGCAAAAUCCCCCAUCCACCACCCCCAGUAGCAGUCCGUCGUCUAUGUCAUCCACAGCUGCAGGAACAAGCAGCCAGGCAAGCCCCAGCUCUGGCCCUACUAGUUCGUCUGGGCCAAACUCGGCCUCGACUGGCCAACAACAAUCCAGCACGAUGACGACCUUAAGAAGUUCUUUGAGUUCUUCUUCUAGCCUAACCCCUGUCGGCUCUUCACCUGGUCCACGCUCGCCCACCUCAUCAUUGAUGUCUGUUAGUGGCAGCAGUGUAUCCACGGCCCAGCCCGCAUCCUCAGGCCCAGCUACAGCCAGUCAACCAACUUCACAGUCAAGCCUGUCGCUUAGGAGCACAUUGUUAGUCACUUCUUCGCGGAGUCCCAUCGCAAGCACAACUGUCCCACUUACAUCGACAACCGCAGCUUCCUAUUGUUCGGCUACUCCAACAACGACCAGCCUUUGCUCCACCUACAACCACCAAGCACUCAAUGUCAAUAGCGACGGCUACUGCUACGAAGUUGAGUGCGCGACAUCGCUGCAGGGAACUGUCCUAACUGGGAACUCCACAACGGCCACUUCGCUCAAAAAUUGUGUGGGCUACUGCACGAACUAUAACGUUGCGCUGCCAUUUGGAUGUAUUGGCGUCAGCUAUCUUGGUUCAUCAAGUGGAAGCGGGCCCAACUGCCUUCUUUUGUCCAGUGUAACUGGGACGGUCUCCGAUGCAAAUGUCGAUAGUGCUCGGCUGCUUUACGGCGGAUAUCCCUCGAUCACCGACCCUAUCUUCACGCUUACAAGCACCACAACACCUUUUCCAGUGUCUUCACUCUCGUCACCGUUUGCUACAGCAUCAUCCAUCACCACAUCGACAACAUCAUAUGUCCCUACUAGUUGCGCGGCCGCUCCAACUGGCUCAGCAUCGGCGUGCCCAGGCAACUCUCCCACUUGCUACUCCUACAAUUUCCUCGGCAACAAUGCCGACUUUGAGAUAGAAUGCGCCACGGCCUUUACCGGUUCAAUGUCGCAACCGCUGUUGACAUUCGACUUGACAGACUGCAUCAACCAGUGUCAAUAUGCAAACGCUCUUAGAGUGAAUAGUUGUCUUGGAGUAACAUUCAUGGUGACAGACGUGAGUCAAGGGUCGAUCAACAAUUGCUUCCCUUACUCCACUUUGACCUGUGCUACUAGAGGCAAUGCUACCUUCAAUAGCGCUCGGAUGCUCUAUGCUGGGUAUCCCCAAAUGACUGAUUAUAAUGAUCCGAGUUUCGUGUGUGCAGGUUCUGGGGGAACGACGGCGACUACGGCCCCGACAUCUUCAUCCAGCGCAAGAGCGUCAACAACAACGAGUGUCACACAAGCGGCGACCACGGCUUCCACAUCUUCAACUACGGAUCUUUCUCAGGCCACUUCCACUAACUUCCCACUCGCUUACCCUCAGGACCCAGUCUGCAACAGUAAUCUCAUGUCAACAUACGAGGGUAGGAGAAAGAUCCGCGCGUUUAGGCCCAGUGUCGGUGACUAA